GACACCACCAGAGGCGCAACUUUCACUUUGUCGAGUUGGAAUCCCUACUCCAUGUAAUCGGUAAAAGUUAAUAACAGCCUCAUACGCCCGGCUGACCUCCAAAGUGGCGUCCGAGUGACCUCUUUUCCCAGAAGUUAAUGUUAUCUCUGGCCAUGUCCAGUCCCGCACUGUCGACCCCUCUGUCGGGAAGCUUACAUAAUGAUGGGGGAACAUUCAGAGUCAGGCAGGGGACCUUUUUGCCGCUGUACAGUAGUCCAGUCCAGGCAUUGAUUAUUGCAUGACGAAACUGGCCCAGCCAGAGGCGGUUGGAUUUGUGACCAACAUUGUGACUCAGACCUUGUUGAAUUAACUCCCCUUGUUUUUUUUAAUCGUUGAGUGUUAAAAUAACAGCUGACCCAUGUAAUUAAAACGUCAUAGGUUGGGUUGCCUGUUGACAACCUCGACCUGGCCGCCACAUCAAACCCCCAUUAUGCUGGACUAUGCGUUCCCCUGCGUGAUGCAGUUCAAUUGUGUGCGCGUGUGUGUGCGUGUUAACGCUCUCUUUGUUGACUUGCCGUGGCUUGCAGCGUUCUCUUGUGCUCCCCCUUUGCCGAAACGGGGGAAACAUUUUCAGCAGGAAUAAACUUUUGCUCCCGGAGCUUAGUCCAGCGACUCGAGGCGUACCAGUCCCAGGUGCAUUUCCGACGUGAACGGCUUCAUUAUGUGGAGGAGAAAACGCGCUCUGAGGGAGUCAGUGGCAUGUCUUGUACUUUUCACUCUGCUGUGCGAUGCCCAUCAAUUCCUGACACAGAGAACAGCUUCCCAGUUCCUUGUGCGUCAGCGGCGGGCUAACAACUCCCCCUUCGAGGAGACCAAGAAGGGGAACCUGGAGAGGGAGUGCAUCGAGGAGCUGUGUGACAAGGAGGAGGCGCGAGAAGUCUUCGAGAAUGACCCUGAAACUGAGUACUUCUAUCCAAAGUAUGUCGCUUGCCUGGGAACGUACCGUGUGGGGAUAGUCCCUGGGGGCCCUGCACAGAGCGUCUCCCAAGACCUGCGGACCUGCGUAAGAGAGAUCAAUGACCAGUGCACGCCGAUGCCAUGCUUUAAAGAAGGGACCGAGCGCUGCACGGAUGGCAAGGGGAUGUUUACGUGUGUGUGCAAACCUGGAUGGAAAGGAGUGCGCUGUGAGGAUGAUAUCGACGAAUGCAUAGAUCCGGAGUUCCCAGCGGGGUGCAGCCAAAAGUGCCACAACAUCCCCGGCAGCUAUCAUUGCAUGUGUGAGAACGGCUACUACAUGAACGACAAGACCACCUGUAUAGAUAUUAAUGAAUGUAUGCUGUACCCGACCAGCUGUGCGGAGCCUGCGGUGUGCGUGAACUCACCAGGCAUGUAUGAGUGCAAAUGUCCCUCCGGAUUCAAGUACAACUUCACCUCACGGGAGUGCCAAGACGUGAAUGAGUGUUUGCAGGGUGUGUGCCAGGGUGAUUGCGUGAACAUGGUGGGCAGCUACAUGUGCUUCUGUGACGGGCGCAAGGGUCUGCGUCUGGCGGCGGACGGCUGGUCCUGCAUGGAGAUUCCGGAAUGUGUGCAGCUCCAGGACGACAGGCACUCAGAGAUGCUCUACCUCGGCGAGCAGUUUGCCGGUCUGCCCGUCAUAUACCUGAGGUUCAGGCUCCCGGAGAACACCAAGUUUGCUGCUGAGUUUGACUUCCGCACGUUCGAUCCUGAGGGGGUCGUGCUGUACGCUGAGUCGUCGCAGGACUCCUGGUUCAUGCUGGGCCUGCGGGGGGGCCGCAUAGAGGUGCAGUUCAAGAACCAGCACUCCCUCAAGGUCACCAGCGGGGGCAAGGCCAUCAACGACGGAGAGUGGCACGUGAUAUCAGUGGAUGAACUGGAGAACAGCAUCAGUGUUAAGAUCAGUAAAGAGGCAGUGAUGAGCAUCACCAGUCUGGAGAGCCUCUUCACCUCAGUCAACGGCAAACUGGAAACCAAGGUUUACAUCGCUGGCCUGCCCAACCGGACGGACAGUGUCAUCAAACCAAUUAACCCGCGUUUAGACGGCUGCAUUCGGGGUUGGAACCUGAUGAACCAGGGGGCGUCUGGGGUGAAGGAGGUGAUCCAGGGGAAGGAGAGCAAGCACUGCUUCGUCCACGUGGAGCGGGGGUCCUUCUUCACUGGCGUCGGUCUGGCCCAGUUCAAAAAAGACUACAGUGAGGCAGGCUCCUGGAAGGUCAGUUUAAAGCUGAGCAUCCGGCCAUCUAAAAGCACAGGGAUCCUGUUUGCCCUCGUGGCAAACAACACAGUUCCGCUCUCAGUAGCCGUGGUCACGCAAGGAGAAAGCGACGCAGACCUGCAGGUGUUCUUGGACGGCACGGUGGUUGCUACGCUAACGACGUUGCUGCUGUGUUACCCCGAGCGACUGGAGGUGGAGGUGAACGUGUCGGAGACGGAGCUCCUGCUCUGGACCAACUCCUCCAACUCCGAGGUCUCCUACACCACACAGAGCCAACUGCAGGAGGCGCUGUCUCGUUUUAACACCACCAUGCAGACUCCUGUUGACACAUACAUCGGCGGACUUCCUGAUCUUCCCAUCUCCACUACACCAGUGUCUGCCUACUACCACGGCUGCAUAGAGCUCUCUGUGAACGGAGAACAGCUGGACUUUGACAACGCCGUCAGUAAGCACAACAGCAUCAAGUCCCACUCCUGCCCACCUGUCUCCACCUGACCCAGCCAUGGCCAACCGUGAAGAACGCAACACAGUGGUCACAGGCAGGUUUCUGUGACACAGUUGACACAUGAAUUUGCUGACAGAAAGAAAAGCAAUAAUGUUGAGAAAAACAAGAGGAAGAAUGAGAGUUUUUUUCUGGGAUGAAUGAUGUUGCAUGCACACACACACACACACACACACACACACACACACACACACACACACACACACACACACACACACACACACACACACACACACACACACACAAAACAAGCACAAAAUACAUGAUGUCCUUGAGGCAAUGGCAUGUUGUGACGUUUACAGAUAAGCAAACAGAGACACAAACACCCACACACGUACACAAUCACACAUGCACAAACACAAAAACACACACACACACACACACACACACACACACACACACACACACACACACACACACACACACACACACACACACACACACACACACACACACACACACACACACACACAAACUUUCAUUGGACAAUUCUCCCUCAGAAUAGAAAAGUCAUGUUCCAUUAUUGAAUGAAUACUGUUCAGAUAUUUCCCCCUGAAAAUGUACUAUUAAAGACACAACAUGUUACGACUGAGAGGUGAUAAAAGAGGUGUGAAAACUCCA